AUGGGCUGGGGCCGAGUCAUCCAGGACUCCGACGAGGACGAGCCUCUGGGAGAAGACGUCGCCAUUGAGGCGUCGGCUCCACACGACGCUGGUCAGGAGCAUGUCGACUCACGACCAGAUCUACAGGCUCACGUCCACCACAAUGCAGCGGAACAACAAGCAGACUACCCGAUCGAGCGCAGAGCAGAGCGCGAUACUCCGGCCCCGGUUGAGCCUGAAAUGAACAUCAACUUUGACCAAUUCCUGCAGUCCCAGGACACGACACACUCGGCUCCCACCUUAUCGCAGCAGCGUCGAGAGGAACGUUGGAUUCCUUCGGCGACAGAGGGUGGAAGCGGAUCAAUUGGAGCAAUGCUCACUGAAAUCGGCCAUGCUCAGCGUCGAUUGAUCGAGGACGAUGUUCCCAGUGCGGAUGACCAUCUGCCCUCGACCAGUUCCGGUCUUCCCAGCGAGAUCUCGCAGCCUGGGUCAUACCCUAUGAUGGAGAGCUUUGGCCUCCACCAGCAGCGAUGGAGAGAAGAGCAUCAUUACGAUCAGGCUUUUUUGCAACCUCCCUUGCAGGUGGAGGCCUCUUGCUCGGACACGCAGCCCUUCGAGCCAACGCCCGUACAGGGUAACGAAUUGGACUGCACGCCGGUAACUAAAAGCAAUGUGGCGUUUCCAAGCGGCGAGCGAAACCCGCAGCCGAUGUCCGUGGCCGUCAACACAACCCCCGGCCCACAGAACGACGACCAGAUGCCAAUCAAGACAAUUCAACGGUCUCGAUCAAUGCAACCACAAACGUGGUCCCCUCACGAUACGCAACCGCUAUCACCGGUGCAUUCUCCGGGAGUGAGCAGGUCCAGAAGUGACAAUAUCACAUCCAGUCUGGUUUCCCCGCAGCACUCUGAGCUCAGUGCACAUGAUGAAUUGGCUUUACCUGGACCGACGCCGACAAUUAACCUCGAUAGCCCCGCCGUCAGAAAGCCCGAGCGUGGUCGCCCCAAGAAACAGCCUCUUCAUGCCGAAGACGACGAGGAAGACGAGCUCGCAGCUGCUGCGCCGCGCGACUAUUUUACCGCUCGAGUAUGGAUGGCAGGAGAGAGACAACGACCCGAAUCCUCCCUGUCUAGGAAGACAGAAAUCUUCAACCCGGACCCGGAACAUGUCGAGACAGACGGUGGACUCCAAGACAAGCCCAGACAUACCCCCGGACUGAUGGUCGUUUUACCCGUUGUCUUUGACGAAAAAUCCCGGACUGGCAAGGUCAAAGACCCACGCAAGUCACAAGACACUGCAUCACCGAAACCAUCCAAGCAGAAAAAAGCCAAACGAAGCAAGACUGCCUCAGAGGUCCUCGACAAGCCUACAAGGAUGCACGCAACAGACGACGACGAUAUCAUUUUGAUGGGAUCUACCUCUCUCCAAAUCAAGCAGGACAACGUCAAAGAUGGCGCGCACGAUUCACCCCUUGAGCUGGACCCCAACCAACCUCCCGCGGAAGAGAACCCAGGCCCGAAAAGACGCGGCCGCAAACGAAAACAGCCCGCUGAUCCUCCGUCCGCACCAGACUCGGAUUCCACCACGCCUGUCUCCAAAGAGCCACAAGAUCAACAAGAUCAACCUAGCAAAAAUACAGCUGAAUUUUCCUCUAAUCCUAUACCCAAGAUGGAAGAGAACCAAUUAUUCGUCCCUUGGGAGUCACCGGUCCAAACCAAGAAAACCGCCGUUGAAAACAACCAUCCCGCUCCAAAGGAAGCCACUCCUGCGGCUAAUACUUUCGUACCAAAUACGCCUCAAAGAAUGGAAAGCAGAGAGAGUGAUCCACAGACAGCCCGCGCUUCAAAUAAGGGACCGGCUCGACAUAGCCCGAUCUUGUCCACGACCAAGGUGCCCUAUCGAGUUGGGUUGAGUAAACGGGCGAGAAUCGCGCCGCUGUUAAAAGUCGUGCGCAAAUGA